AUGCAGCAAAUGGUUUCCACCAUUCCAUUGUCCAAUAUUAGCAAUGUGCAUCCCAGAAUCUUUCUUCUGCUUGGCAUUCCAGGAAUGGAAGCCAUGCAUACAUGGCUAUCAGUGCCUUUCUGCCUCGUUUACCAGGGUGCUCUUUUGGGGAAUUUAUCUAUUCUCUUUAUUGUCAGAACAGAUUCCACCCUGCAUGAGCCCAUGUACUUCUUCCUCUGUAUGCUCGCUGUGACUGACAUGAUCCUCUCUACAACUGCCAUGCCUAAAAUUCUCAGCAAUUUUUGGUUUCAUGACAGAGCGAUCUAUUUUGAAGCCUGUCUGAUACAAGUUUUUCUCAUUCACUCACUAUGCAGUAUGGCCUCGGGGUUUAUCUUGGCCAUGGCCUUGGACCGCUAUGUGGCUAUCUGCAAUCCUCUGAGACACUCUACUAUCCUGACCCACAGAGUCAUCCAGAACUUGGGGAUAGUUAUUGUCUUCCGUGGGGCAUUGCUUUUCAGUCCUCAGCCACUAAUGCUUCGCUGGCUUCCCUACUGUAGAACAAACAUCAUCCCUCACACGUACUGUGAAUUUAUGGCUCUAAUCAAGCUUGCUUGUGCACAGACCAGGAUUUUCAGAUUAUAUAGUCUGACUGCAGCCUUCAUAACAGGUGGUUUAGAUUUUAUAUUGAUCAUAUGCUCCUACGCUGUCAUCCUUUACACUGUCUUCCAUCUUCCAUGCAAAGCGGCGCGGCUGAAGACCCUGGGCACGUGCGGAUCCCAUGUUUGUGUCAUCUUAGUAGCCUAUACCCCAGCCUUUUUCUCCUUCCUUACUCACAGGUUUGGUCGUCAUGUGGCCCCUCACAUUCAUAUCUUUGUCGCUAAUAUUUACCUCCUUGUUCCUCCCUUGGCAAAUCCAAUGAUCUAUGGCAUUAGAACCAAGAGAAUCAGAGAACGGUUUCUCCAAAUUUUGACAUUUAAAAAGUAUUAUUAA